GAGGUAUAGCCCGCUGACUGCUGGAGGUCCAGAGCGGAGUAGACGCAGAGCGGAGUAGACGGAGGGCGUCUGUGCUGUUUGCCAUGGCUGCAUGGCUACUCGCUGCUGGCUUUCUGGCCGCCGGAGUUUAUUUCUUACUGCUGCGAGUCUGCGGAGAGACGAGGAGGUGGCAGCAGGGAGAACCUCAACUAGUGAAAGGAUGGCUGCCGUUUUUUGGUGUUAUGCUGGACUAUGCCAAAAACCCACUAAGCUUCCUGCGGGCAACUCAGCAAAAAUACGGAGACAUCUUUACAUGUAGGAUUGCGGGGAAGUACUUGACCUUCAUCACAGACCCCUUCUCUUUCUCUGUGGUGAUGCGUCAGGGCCGAAACCUUGACUUUCAUGAGUUUGCCAUGGGCUUCUCUCAUCGGGUAUUUGGUCAUGCUGAUUUCACAACUCCAGUGUACAGUGAAAGCUACGAUAAGGUCCACUCUAUCUUUACACAAACACUGCAGGGCCUGCCCCUUGAGCAGCUAUCAGAGUCCAUGCUAGAUAACCUGCAGACAGUUUUAGGGCAGCACCUGCCCAGUGAAAAGAAUUGGAAGGAGGAGGGGUUGCAGAGUUUCACCAGCCGAAUCAUGUUUGAGGCUGGAUACCUGACAAUAUUUGGCAGGAAGAAUGGAGUUGAGGCAGGCAGCACAGGAGGUGUUGAUACAUGCAUGAAGAAGGCAAAGCAAGAUUUUUUUACUUUUGACCGGGCAUUUCCUGUGAUGGCAGCAGGUAUGCCUAUCACAUUAUGUAUACCUGCACUGUGGGCAAGGGAAGCAUUAGCGGAGAAACUGCUGCAUGGUGAACUUCGUCAAAGGAUGAGCAUUUCAGAUCUGAUUCAGCUUAGGAUGAACGCAUUUGAUCACAUGCACUUGGAUGAAAUUGGGAAAGCACGUACGCAUGUAUGCAUGCUCUGGGCAUCGCAAGCCAACACGCUGCCGUCUGCCUUUUGGAGCCUCUACUAUACUCUGAGAUGUCCAGAAGCUCUUGCUGCAGCUCGUACUGAAGUGGACAAGGUCUUGCAGGAGUUAGACCAGCCAAUGAAUGACCAUGACAUGCCAAUCAGCCUCUCCAAACAGCAACUGGACUCCAUGACUGUGCUAGAGAGUAUAAUCAAGGAAGCUCUUCGUCUUUCCAGUGCUUCUAUUAUGAUAAGAGUUGCCAAUAAUGACUUCACUCUCACACUGGACUCUGGGAAAACAGCAGCCAUUAGAAAAGGAGACUACAUUGCCCUCUACCCCCAGCUCAUCCACAUGGACCCUGACAUCUACCCCCACCCCAUGGAGUUCAGGUACAACCGCUUUUUGGACAAGUCAGGCGAAAGGAGGAGCCAGUUCUUCAAAAAUGGGCGGCAACUGAAGAACUACCUUAUACCAUUUGGUUCUGGUGCCAGCAAGUGUCCAGGUCGUUUCUUUGCCAUGAAUGAGAUAAAACAAUUCCUCACAGUAGUACUCUGGUACUAUGACUUACACUUGAGUGACCCCGACUCCAAAUUGUUACCAGACACUACCCGCGCAGGCCUUGGUGUUCUACCACCCAAGAAGGAUGCGCUGGUUAGAUAUAGAGCUAGAGCAGACAGAUACAGAGAGAGUUACACAGAGGAACGAGCAAACUGAGACAAAGCGAUAAUGAGAUUUUAUCCGGUUUCCAUUCAGCUGUGAAAAUUUAGGCAAAUAUCCUGUAAUGUAUAUUUGCGCAAGCUCUUCUCCAGAAAUGUCCAGUAAUUGGCGAUAGGCCCAUUAUGUCUGUUUAUUGUCUAAUAUUAUUAUGUUUUGGACUUUUAUAAGAUAUGUAGAUGGAACCCCAGCUAUGAGCUAAGACAGAUGACUGAAAGAGCAGGUCUCUGAAUAUACUUUCGCUGGCCACUUUAUGAAGUAAACCUUCUUUAAAGCUGUACCUAGUACAGUCAGUUAAACUCACUGUGGCUAGAAGUUUAUGGACCCUUGACUUUCAGAUCUUUCGUGGGACAAAAAGGCCUAACUUGCCAUCGAUGUUCCAGUUAGUCGCAGAGGUGUUCAGUGGAGUUGGGGUCAGUGCCCUGUGCAGACUGCUAGAGCUCCUCCACACCAAACUCAACUAACCUUGUCUUGUCACCUAGUUUUGUGCAUAGGACUGCCAGAUAGUGAAACGUGAUUCAUCACUUCAGAGUGCAGAGGUGGUUUGUGGAGACAGUAUGGUUGUGUGCAUGAAUCUAUACACCUGGCUGAAACACCUGAAUUCAGUAAUUAGGAGGGGUGUCCGCAUACUUUUGUUCAAAGUGUAAGUUGGAAUACACACAUUUUUGGUACUACUGUUCUUUGUGAGUGAUCUGGCCUAAAAUCAGGGCAGGUGCUAUCUGAAUAUUUUGUUUCUGUAUAUAGAAUUGGACAGUGACUAAACUGUAUUUGGCUCUGUACAUACAAUUUAAAACAGUCUCUAUGAAGCUAAAGUGCAGAAUGUCAGCUAUAACUCUUGAGCGAUCCAGAUCAGAAUCCUAGCCAUUUUAGAGAGAUAUAUAUAUAUAUAUAUAAUGUGUGUGUGUGUGUGUGUGUGUGUGUGUGUGUGUGUGUGUGUGU